UCCCUGAGCCUAACCUCUUUCCGGUGUGGUGCUUGAAGUAGCUUAUACGCAAUGGCGGCACACAAAUCGUUCAGAAUUAAGCAAAAAUUAGCUAAAAAACUUAAGCAGAACCGGUCGGUUCCACAAUGGGUUCGCCUUCGCACUGGAAAUACCAUCAGGUAUAACGCAAAACGCCGUCACUGGAGGCGCACUAAGUUGAAGUUGUAAGCCCAUGGAAAGCGCGAAUAUGUUUUUGAAUGCUUAAAGAAUGUAUAGAAUAUAACAUAAAAUAUAUUCUAAAAAUACUGGAUAUAA